ACUUAAAGCUCUGCUUAUUUGUUGCUUCCCUUUCGUAGAUGAAUGUUACCCUAGUUCUCAUUCUCUAAAUACAUUGAUCAAAUUUGGAAUUUUCACAUCUGUAUCUGCUUUUUUUAUAAAUAUACAUUUACAUACAAUUAGAGAAUGGUUAUGGAAAGAAAUAUGCACGUGUGCUGAAACGGGUACUAAAACAUGGACCCCAAGUCUCAUAUUGAUAGGGAUCUAGAGCUCUCUGGUGGGCCUUUGACAUAUUAGUGUGACAUGUUGUAACAAUCAAAUUCUAUCUUCCUUCCUGACUUUUCAUAGUACUGCAACAAUAUAAAUAUAAACGGAGAGAUCAGUAUUGAUGGUGACAAAAGUCAUGGACAUGGAAAUGGCGGUGGAAGCCAGAGGGAUCGCAUGAUAUAUAGCAAAAAUGACCCUAGGACAACUGGCCUUUAGAAAACUUGUUUGUUUUAGCAAAGUAUUGUUUCAAUCACCAAUAGAGAUUGAUAUGUUUAGCCUUGCCAUAUUCUUAAAAGGCUUCUAAUUUUUUAAUAUAGAAACUAUCCAAAAAAUUAGUAAAUUCCGUAAUAUCCUUAUGGCCUAUAUACUUUUUCAACUCAGUGUACCCAAAAUACCUGUUGAAAAUGAAAAUCCAUCAUGAAAUAUUAAUCCAAAGACUCCCCCGAUGGAACAAAAACUUGUCUUAAUUAUAUUAUAUAAAUUUAAAUUAUAUUAGAAUUAAUUUGAUGCUUAUUAGACUUAAACUUAUCUAGGACUCAGACCUCGAUUGCACCAAAUACAAUGAUAUGAAUUAGAUAAAGUCCAUAAGAUAUUUAAGAUAAGCGAAUAUGAGUGUUCAUUGUUGAUUAUAUACCUGCAAUAAUGAUUUUAUAUAUUGGAUAAUAUCUUAAGAUAUAUGAUUAAGAAUUAUCUUUAAAUCCAUCAAAUGGGAAAAGAAAAGUAAUAAUGAGAGACUAAAAACAUGGUUCCAAUCAUGAUUUGGAUUCAGUCACUGGUGGGUGUAUAAUGUUGUGCUUGGUCUGACAGUUCUAAGUCUGAGUUUGUUUCAGCCGUAUAAGCGCUAGAAUUUAGAAGUUUUAGAUAUUAGAAAAAAGAAAAUGUUGUAUAAUAUUUAUAUGCAAAUGUAGAUUUUAAUACAGUAAUGAUAUCAUUACUACAGCAAUUACUUGAAUAAAUAAAUUAUUUUCAUAUCCUUAUAUUUUGUUGGAAUUUAUAAUAUUAAGGUUUAUGAUGCUCAUUUCAUUUUCUUUUGUGGGAAACAAUGAUCAUAUAGAUAUUUUCUUUUUUGCUUUUACAGUGAAGCAUGAAAUCACUGUAUAGACAUCAGCAAGCACAGAGAAAAUAUGGAUCGAGAUUAAAGUAAAUAAUUUUUUUCAUAUCCAUACCUUUUGUUGUAAAUUAUUUUAUUUUAAUACUAAGGUUUUUUAUGCCCAUUUCAUUUUCUUUUGUGGAAAACAAUGACCACACUGAGAUUAAAAGGUCCAACUUGAUUUGGAAGAAUCAAGGUUUUAAUUACCUGUUGUUCUUCUUUUGCUUUUACUAAAUGUAAUUUUUUUCCUACUAUCUUGUGUAAACAUUAAGAUAGAUUCCUAUCCUCAUUUAUUUUAGGGUAUGUGCUUUCUUAAUGAACCAUCCCCAACAGAAUCAACUUAAUCCAACUAGUCAUCAACCUGAUCUCAGGUUGGUCAUGAUUGAAAAUUCCCAUUUGAAUAUAGUUUGUGUUGGGUCAAGGUCAUAAGAUGUCUGUUGCUUUGUAUUAGGGUUGGCCUUCAAUUUUCCUCUCUUCUUUUAAGUCUUAUUAAUCACAAACUAAUUAGAUUUGACCCAUAUUUAUUUGUCUCAGCCUGUGGAUCAUGAGGACUCUGAUAACAUGAGUUUUAUGUUUUAUUAUACAGGGUUCAUGCUGUUUAGUGUCUUCUCCAUGAUGAAAGCUAUGUAUCAGCCAGUUGCCAGCUUAUCUAGGGAUAUCCUGUUGUAAGCAUGUACAUAGUUGUAUUGGUCAUGUACACCAUGCACUACAAUAAGAAGUUUCAUAUUAAUCAAAUAGAAUCCUGGACUGUGAUCUUUUAGUUGUCCAAAAAAUCAUCUCAGCUAUUUUAAUCUCAAAGAGAAUCAGUGAUUCAUAGCUCCCUUGCUACUUUUUGGUCAUACAGAUGGAAAACCUUUUACAGCACUGUCAUAGAAAAUGAGAAAAUGGAAGUGUGAAUAAGAGGAGUAUGAAGAGAAAAUGAGGGAAAAAGGUGAAGCACCAGUGAUGUUUAGCCACUUGGGGCCCCCUCGAAGAAGAACAAAUGCAGAGGAAGAGGAAAGGGUUAGACAUCCAAAGCCUGAGGACUCUGUUUACUAUCAUCCUACAUUAAACCCAACAGGGGCACCGCCUCCUGGAAAACCUCCAAUGUACAAAUCAUCUAUAGGACCCAGGAUCCCAUUGCCUGCUUCUUCAUCUGUGCCACCACCGCCACCUCCACCUCCACCACCUUUACCAAGUGUUGAUGAACUGACUUCUCGUGAUGACACUACCAUACCCCCAUCCGUACCUUUGCCUCCCCCACCACCAGCUCAACUGAAGGCUGUUGACAAUUUAAGUGCAUCAUUACCACCACCGCCUCCUCCAGGACCCCUGCCCAAAGAACCAGCUCCAGCUUCAACUUUGCUGCCUACCCCACCACCACCACCCCAACAGCCUUUACAACCACCUCCACCGGGCACCACAGCGAAGGAAGCUGAUAAAGUUGCAGACUCAUCAGAUAGGCCAGUAUUAAAAGAUUCUAAUAUGAUUACAGCCGUACUUCCUCCGCCACCGCCCCCUGGACUGCCACCAAAAUCAGCAAACCACCAAACUGAUUCCACGUCAUCUGAAUCUGUCCCCAACAAUGCUCCAAGCUCAAAUGAUAGUUCAAAUAUGGCUCCAUUGCUGCCACCACCUCCAAGACAGCCACCACCUAUGACUCAUAGGAUUCCUCUGAUAAAUCCUUUGCAACCUGAUAUGACGCCUCAUGGCAUUGCACACUUUCCUCCUGAUUUGAGACCGCCACUGGUAGUUCCUGGUAUUUCUGGGAGACCUCUGCCGCCUCCUCCUCCAGGAAUUAUUCCACCAACAAUUGCUAGGCCAAUGUUUGCUGCACCUCCAGGACCACCACCUUAUCCGAGGCCCCCAUUUCAGCCAGGUCCCCUGAUCCAACAUGAAGAUGAUUUUGAUGCCUUGAGGCCUUCAGUGCCUCAGAAGCCAUCGUUUGUCAAGUCAGCAGCAUCAACUGUUGUCAAGAGACCAUUAGCACAGCACAAUCCAGAACUAACAGCUAUGGUUCCUGCAUCAGUGCGCGUGAGGCGAGAGACUGCUGCUCCGAAAGUCAAACCAAAGCUGCAGCCCUCUGCCGCAAUGGGCCCGGCUACAAAACCUUCGGCUCUAACAUCUACUGGGAAACCAGAUACAGCAACCACAUCAGCCCCCAAGUUGCAGAGUAUGGAUGACUCAUACAUGGCCUUCCUGGAGGACAUGAAGGCCCUCGGUGCCCUCGAUGAGUAGGGCUUACUGUUACCAGGGAGAUGAGGCAAAACUGGUAUUUUCCCUUGUCGAUAUACUCAACAGAAAAAAAGAACAUUGUCAAUUAAUUGUAAAGGCAGCUGUUGCCCCCAUCCCAUUAUUGUUCGACCUGGAAUCAUCUUUCCUGGCUUUUUCCCGAGACGAGUCAUGUAACCUGAUUGCGCCCACCAUUGGUUUCUGGCUUGGCCUAUAAACAAAUUGUGAUCAGGUUGAAUUCUCGCAUGUUUUCAACAGAAACGUGUAUGGCAACUACACUAAAUUGUUACUGCUGUGCGGAUCAUUUAGCUGUCA